UGAAAUGACAAUAAACGAUUCAGAUUCACAUUUGAAUAUAAGCCGUUCAUAACCUUUUGAAUGUGAAUCUGAGUCAUUCAUUGUCCUUUCAUGGACAAUUUCAUAAAUUCUUGUCAUGUAUCUUACCAAACCCUCUGCAUCUUCCAUAAGGCGGUUGAGGAAAUUUUAGCCGGGCCCACACACAACGUAACGAACGCGGGAGGGGAAAAUAAUUGUCUCCCGCUCAUGUAUAAAUACUAGUCCCAUGCAUCCCAUGAACCAACAACCCUAAAAGAGAAAGCCAUUGAAGGAACAAAAGAAGAAAGAGAAAAAAGCAUUCAAAUCUUUUGAUGUUAUCGUCCAGCUUUAUUCGGCAGCGUGGAAACAUUCCAGAAGACAUCGUCAUCCAAAUCCUCUCGCUUCUACCGAUCGAAUCCCUGCUGAGAUUCAGGUGCGUUUCCAAAGUAUGGCGAUCUUUGAUUUCCGAUCCCAAAUUCGCACUUUCUCCGUCCCAAAGGCACCUCCAAAUCGCGGUUCAAUAUGGCGAUUAUGGCAAUUUAUACUCUUUCGAUGCCGAAGAGGCUUCGUCGAGCUAUGAUGCUCUUGCCAAACCAAUGAUUUGUGCUUGUGGAAUAUUAGGUUCGUGCAACGGCUUGUUCCUCGUAAGCCAUAACAGUAGUGAUUACACCGAUUUGUACUUAUGGAACCCUACGAUUAGGCAAUCCAAGAAAGUGCUCUCAAUUCUGACGGAUCAGCGGUAUGACUUCCAUUUUAAUGCCAAAUCUGGACUCUGUUAUGAUUCCAACUGUGACGAUUACAAGGCAGUCAUGGUGGGUAGUGGAUUGGUCACAGUAGUUAGUUUUAGAAGAAAAUACUGGGCUACCAAGACUUGCAGCUUCGCUAAAGAGGAUGUUGGAGAGAGAUGGAAUUCCGGACCAGUAGUGAAUGAAAAGUUGCACUGGGUGAGCAGGGUGAGCACUCGCAUUGCAGAUUAUAAUAACGCCCUUCAAACCAUUGAUCGGAUUGUGUAUUUUGAUCCACUAACAGAUGAAUUUGUAGAAUUGCCAAUGCCACUACUACCGGACAAUGGGAAACACAAUAGUGUUCUAAUAGGGUUGGGAGUUUUGGAGGGAUGUCUUUGUAUGACACGCUCUGUCUGUGAAAGGGGUGAUGAAGUUGAACAUGAUAAUAAUUGGGAAGAUGAACGAGGGUUUUAUCACAGACAUGAAUUUAAACCCGCUUUUAUUGAAGUGUUGGUGAUGAAGGAACAUGGCGUGGGAGAGUCCUGGACUAGUUCUUUCAUCAUUUCUAAUGGCGUUGGGGUUGAAUUAUGCAGCUUAUUUUCUACGUACGGUAGCUUGGCGCCAUUGUGCUUAUCAAAGAAUGGUGAAAUUCUUUUUUUGGUUGAUGGAGAAAAUUUUUUAGUUAUAAUCUCGAGAAGAUGUCACAGAGGGAUAUUCAUAUUCGUUUCCCGACGAGUGGUUAUCCUUUUUACUUUAGAUCUUAUGGAGCUUCGUUCGUACGUGGAGAGUUUGGCUUCACCUGCUGCCUAUGGUCGGGAGAAAGAUUGGAUAGUAAAAGGGUCUCAUGCCUUGCAUUUGCUCUGUUGUACAAGAUGGAGUUGCCAUAGUUAUGAAUCUUAUGAUGAUAGUGUGUCCGUAACUUACACCGAAGACGACAACUCCGUCGAGGAACAUGACGAUUGCGGGUUGAAAGGCUUCUGGAAAAAGGGAAAAAGUAGGGAAAAGUUAGUUAGAAAAGCAAAAUCUCAGAGAUAUUCCUCUUCCGGAAAAGAGAAAAAGCAAAAAGCGCAGCAGAGAAUCAGAUCUAAAAGCAAAAUAACUUUUGUAAGAAAGAACCAACGGAAACACAAACAAGGAAAGAAUUUGGAGGUGGAAGAUUUGCAUAAACAGGUGCUUGAUUUCUCCGUGAACUAAACUACUCUAUUUUUUUGGAUCGCUCUCAUAGCAACCUUAUGGAUCAUUUCUUAGCGAUUUCUUGUCCUUUGCUGGGAGGAGGAAGAGCUGCAAAAUAAAUAGGCACGUCGUAUAUAACCUUCCUUUUGGAGACAGUCACGAAGGGAAUGAAUUGGAUUGGAAGGGGUGGGAGAAGGAAAAGAUGAUACCUGUUGGAAGCAGAAAAUCUAUUAUUUGAUUUUCUCUUCUCACCUCUUCUUUUUCCAAUUGACUUACGGGCACGUUUUCACUGUUUUAUUGAUCUUCUAAAAUGUAGGUGCUAUGCUCUUUGUAUUCAAAAUGAAGGGACAUUUGGUUUUGUUUU